UUGAAGGGGGUUUGGAGGUGCGUCCAAACGAAGUCACUCCAGAUUUCACUGGCAUGACCUCUUUGCGAAUUCGCCGGGUAUACAACUUUCUUUGGACCAUGCGCAGCUCGGCCUUAACGGUUCAAGUAACGAUUGAGAAAGAAAAGGUUCGCUCUCGCUUUUAUCGAAACGAAGAUGACCAAACCUAGCCUACGCUAUGUCUAAACACGAAAAUACCCUCCAUGGAUCGGCAAUAUGCGACAAGCUUGCUACCAGAAAUUGUGGCAAUCCUUACAGCCAGGAUGAUCAAUGUCACACCAUGCAAUGCUGUCUACACUCCGCAAUUCUGAAUCAAAACACGCUACGAUGUGUUUGCACAGCUUCUUCAGCAUAACAUGAACAAGCCUGCGCUUGAGAGACCCUUGGUUGGUAAGACUAACAUCGUUAUUUUCUUUUUUGUUUUCCUCGUAUAAGGCAUGCUGGUCGCCGGUCAUAUGAGUUGGCUUUGGACUGAUAUGGUCGUCUUUCGCUUUUCUUGAUCAUAAGCAGUACAGCUGAUAUUUCACGCUAGAAAACAGAAUGCAAGAA